CCACCUAGAAACGUGAAGGGAUGAUCAUUAAUCGAUGCCGAGUUUUCGCCACAUGCAUGUCCCUGCGGUGAACGGUAGUUUAAUUAAAAAGUGAGGCAGAUACUUUUAGUUUAGAGACCGUGCACCUCUGGAUCUGGUCACUCUAGAAACGAUGGAUCCGCUUUUGUAUUUAGCCGUUCUGGUCGUUAUUUUUCUGCUGUGGAUCAAAGUCAAAGGUCUAGAUUACGUGAUCGUUCACCAGAGGUGGAUAUUUGUGUGUUUAUUCCUGCUGCCGCUCUCCGUGAUAUUUGAUGUGUAUUAUUAUGUGCGGGUAUGGCUCAUUUUCAAGAUGUGCUCUGCGCCCAAACUGCACGACCAGCGAGUGCGAGACAUCCAGCGACAGGUUCGCGAGUGGAAGAAGGACGGCAGUAAGAAAUACAUGUGUACAGGUCGUCCCGGCUGGCUCACAGUAUCUCUCAGAGUUGGGAAGUACAAGAAAACACACAAGAACAUCAUGAUCAACAUGAUGGAUAUUCUGGAGGUGGACACCAACCGGCAGGUGGUGAGAGUUGAACCGCUGGCCAACAUGGGUCAGGUGACCGCGCUGCUCACCUCCCUUGGCUGGACACUGCCAGUGCUGCCUGAGCUCGAUGACCUCACUGUGGGUGGUUUGGUGAUGGGUACAGGCAUUGAGUCAUCCUCUCACAUUUACGGGCUGUUUCAGCACAUCUGUGUCGCGUUUGAGCUGGUUCUAGCGGAUGGCAGCCUUGUACGCUGCACUGAGGAGGAAAACUCGGACCUGUUCCAUGCCGUCCCGUGGUCCUGUGGGACUCUGGGGUUCCUGGUUGCAGCUGAGAUUAAAAUAGUCCCUGCUAAACCCUGGGUGAAGCUGAGCUAUGAGCCGGUCAAAGGACUGGAGAACAUCUGUAAACGCUUCACUGAAGCAUCGGAGAACAAGCAGAACACGUUUGUAGAGGGCCUCCAGUACUCUCGGGACAGCGCUGUUAUCAUGACGGGAACAAUGACAGACCAAGCUGAGCCUGAUAAGAUUAAUAGAAUCGGCCUGCACUUUAAGCCCUGGUUCUUCAAACACGUGGAGAGCUACCUAAAAAGGGACACCGCUGGAGUCGAAUACAUCCCUCUAAGACAGUACUAUCAUAGACACACACGCAGCAUCUUCUGGGAGCUUCAGGAUAUUAUUCCAUUUGGUAACAACCCGAUAUUUCGCUGGGUUUUCGGAUGGAUGGUUCCUCCUAAGAUCUCUCUGUUGAAGCUCACCCAGGGUGAGACCAUCAGACGGCUUUAUGAACAGCACCACGUAGUGCAGGACAUGCUGGUACCCAUGAAGAAUCUGCAGGAUGCCAUCAUGCGCUUCCACCAGGAUAUCAACGUUUACCCUCUGUGGCUGUGUCCCUUCCUGUUGCCUUCAGGCAGAGGGAUGGUGCACCCCAAGGGUCAAGAGGACGAGUUGUAUGUGGAUAUUGGGGCUUAUGGAGAGCCAAGUGUCAAACACUUUGAAGCUAAAGCAUCAACACGACAGCUGGAGAAGUUUGUUAGAGAAGUGCAUGGGUUCCAGAUGCUGUAUGCAGAUGUGUACAUGGACCGAGAGGAGUUCUGGGAGAUGUUUGAUGGACGGCUGUAUCACAAACUGAGAGAGGAACUGGGCUGUAAGGAGGCCUUCCCGGAGGUUUACGACAAAAUCUGUAAAUCGGCCCGACACUGACCCCCAUCACUGUGUCACAGAUACACUGAGGCACUGUCAAUUCAUAUUUUGUGCAGCGCCACAACAACAAAAAAUUGGAUCCAAACAAAGAUACAAUUUGGGCAAACUACUGUAAGAUAAAGAUAGAGGGUUUUUUUUUACUAAAGAGGCCCUUCCAUCAAUGUGAAGCAAAAGCACAAGAAUUGUAAUGCUUGCAAAUAUCGAAUGUAUUCUCUUUUUCCUUUUUCUCUAACACAUUAUUUUGGCAUUCAUGUUUUCACAGUAUAACUUGUACAUGUACAAAGGUGACAUUUUUUACCUUUUUUAAACAUGUAUGUUAGGCACUGUAUAACAACCUUGUGUACAUUACAGAUCUUUUGCAUUUUUGUCUGUACAUCAUGCAUUCAACAGGCCAGCCUUACCUACAAGUGCCAUACACUCAAAACAUUACUUCCAUAUCAUCUUUAUACAUCCACUAACACAUAUAUUUUUGAAUAUAUAAAGAUAUACAGGGAAAAAAGAUGCCAAACAACUAUAUUUUCAAUUAUAGGUCCCCUAUUUUUAUAUGCACAAUCGUGUCAUUGCACCAGGUCACUGUAAGGAAUUAAAAUUCUUAUCUGCAAUAAAUAUAGUUCACAAAUAUAUUAAGUUCUUAGGGAGAAAAUACCAUGCUUCACUUCACUAGUAUUGGGGACUCACAACUGUCAAGAUUCAACCAGCACAACGCAAAGCUUAUAUUUCUGUUCCUUUUUGUAUUUUCUUCUGUCCUCAACAUCUUAUUUAAAGGUGUUUGCAUAUAGCUAAAUAAAUUGAUAUGCCUUGA